UUCAGGGAGCAGAUUUACGCUUCAUUUGCUCAUUUGAUUUGUCAAGAAUGUCAUUUCGUAUAUAAUAGCUCAAAUAUUAUCAAUUUUUCUAAUUUAAAAGUUUUUUUUAUACAUAUAUUAACACAAUGAAUACUUGCAAAAUACCAGUCCCUGUAGAUGAUGGCGAUGGAGACCAUAGAUGGAUUAGCAUUCACAACCGCUUUCUUUCCGAGACUAGAGAAAAAGAUGCGGACGUUAUUUUUAUAGGCGAUUCAAUAGUUCAAGCUCUUCAGCAUACUGAUGUUUGGAAUGAAUUAUUUGCACCCCUACAUUGUCUAAACUUUGGUAUACAUAGAGAUAAAAUUGAAAAUGUGUUAUGGAGAAUUCAGAAUGGAGAACUUGACAAUAUAAAGCCUAGAGUAAUAGUUGUACAUGUAGGUACAAACAAUCAUACUAACACCCCAGAAGAAAUUAAAGAUGGUAUAAUAGAGAUAAUAAAUCUUAUUAGAGAAAAACAUCCAGAUGUAUAUUUAGUUGUACCAACCCUUUUGCCUAGAGGCCAACAUCCAAAUUCAGUAAGGGACAAAAUAUCACAAGUGAAUGAGCUCCUCAAAUUAAAUUUAGAAGGCCUACCAAAAGUAGAAUUGGUAGCAAUUGAUAAAGGGUUUAUACAACCUGACGGAACGAUUAGUCACCAUGAUAUGCAUGAUUACUUAUUAUUAACAAAUGCUGGUAGUAAAAAGGCUUUCGAACCUGUUCAUGAGUUGCUGUUGCAACUAUUAAAUGAAGGUGAAACUGAAAAGGAUCUCACUCCAUCGGAAUAACAAUUUAAUUUUAGCUGUUUCGAAUAUUUUUUACCAAAGGUUACUUCACUGAAACUACUCAGGCCCAUGCCUUUAAUUUUUGCAUUAGUGAUAUUUAUUUACUGCUAAGAACCAAAUUUACAUGAAUGCAAUAUCAAUGAAUGCAAUGUCAAUUUGUUAAAACAUUUAUAUAUUUUUGUGCUUAACGAAUCGUGAUACAUAAGACUAAAAGUUAUAUUUGAUUUGAGUUUUGUUUUUUUACGUUUUCUACAUACAUUCCAAAUUUAUUUAUUGAUUUUUUAAAUUUG